AUGCAUUUGCUUACCCUCGUCACAGCCUUUGCAGGCCUGGCCACGGCUCUGCCAUCUGGCGAGCCUCACAUCGUUCAUGAGAAGCGUGACGGCCAUCCUCAUGCCUGGGACAAGCACGCUCGUGCUGAGCGCAGCACUAUCCUCCCCGUCCGUAUUGGCCUAAAGCAACAGAAUCUCGAGCAUGGCGAUAGAUUCUUGGCUGAUAUCUCGGAUCCCGAGUCGGCUAACUUUGGCAAGCACUGGAGCGCCGAAAAGGUCGCCAACAUGUUUAUGCCUCACCCAGAUACUUCAGACAAGGUCAUGGAGUGGCUCACAUCUUCUGGUAUCGACACGAGCCGCCUCAGUCACUCUAAAGGUCGCAACUGGAUUGAGUUCGACGCCACUGUCGACGAGGCCGAGAAUUUACUCAAGACGCAAUAUCACACCUACAAGGACAAGGCUACAGGUGGCUACCGAAUUGCUUGCGAUGAGUACAGUCUUCCCUCAAGCGUCCGAAAGCAUGUAGAUUUCAUCAUGCCAACGAUACAGCUCGAUGGCUUACGACCUGUAGCGCAGGCCGCACCGUCAUACCAAGCUCCUAUCAACCUCACCGGUCUCACAGGCCUGAAGAACUGUAACCAGCUGAUCACCAUCGACUGCCUGCGAGCACUCUACAAUCUUCCCGUAGCUACCACCAACCACACUGGUAACCAGCUGGGCAUAGCAGAGUGGGCCGACUACCUCUACUUGCCUGAUCUCAAGACAUUCUUCCAAAACUUCACGAACCCCAAGAUCCCAUCUGACGUCACCCCUGAGUUCAUCAGCAUCGAUGGCGGUAAGCCUUCGAACCUCACAGUAGCCAAGGCUCAGGAAGUCAUUGAGAGUGCACUUGACUUCCAAGUCUCCUAUUCGAUCGUCUAUCCGCAAGGCAUUAGACUUUAUCAGAACGGGGACAGUGUCAAUGUUGACAGCACUGGCACAUUCAAUAUCUUCCUCGAUGCUCUCGACGCUAGCUACUGCACAUACGAAGGCGGCGACCAGCCCUACAUCGACCCGGCGUACCCGGACCCGAACGAAGGCGGCUACACUGGACCACUACAGUGCGGUGGCGCACCCAUGAGCAACGUCUUUUCCGUCUCUUAUGGUCAAAUCGAGGGUGCCCUCCCACGCUUCUACCAAGAACGCCAAUGUCGCGAGUGGAUGAAGCUCGCUCUUCAAGGUGUCAGCGUGAUUUUCGCCUCUGGCGAUUCCGGCGUAGCCAACCGCUAUAACUCAGGCUACAACAACACUUGCAUGGAUCCCACGGACUCAUUCGUCGACCAAUUCGGCACGCGUUUCUCACCCGGCUUCCCGAACAACUGUCCCUAUAUUACCAACGUCGGCGCGACGACUCUCCAGAAUUCUUCAAUCUAUGGUGGCGAACAAGCAGUCGCCAGCCCGAACGGCGCCACAUCCUACUACUCAGGAGGUGGCUUCUCCGACGUCUUCGAGCGUCCUUCGUGGCAGGACAAGGCGGUGAAGAAUUACCUCAAAAAGUACUCACCCAACUACUCCGAGCACGUCUUCAACCAUUCUGGUCGUGCUUAUCCUGACGUUGCUGCUAUCGGCCUGAAGGUCGCAACUGUCUACUUGAACCAGACUCUUGGUGUGGGCGGUACUUCUGCCUCUGCGCCUAUUUUCGCAUCAGUCAUCACGUUGUUGAAUGAGGAGCGUCUUGGUCAAGGCAAAGGUCCGAUUGGUUUCUUGAACCCUAUCAUCUAUGCUCAUCCUGAGAUGUUCAAUGACAUCACCAAUGGCAGCAACCCGGGAUGUGGUACAAAUGGCUUCCCUGCUUCGCCUGGAUGGGAUCCUGUGACAGGCAUGGGAACUCCUAACUAUCCUAAGAUGAAGGAGGUGUUCUGUAGCUUGCCGUAG